UGACGGCGCAUUGCAACACGUUAAAAUGUCCGACACGGAACAAGAAACAACAUCCAGCCAACCAGACUGCUAAUCGGACCAGCACGCGUUACCAUGGAAACAAACACAAACGUUAGGUAGAGGAGCAGACGGCUAAGAGAAGUUCGCCUCAAGCCGAUUAAAAAGGGACAUCGAAUAUUAACAAGUACUCUCCACACAAAAACAACGAUGUGUGACAAAGAGGAACACGGAGGAGAUGUCAUGACAAAGGUUGAAGCUCAGAAUAACGAGACAAAUAACAAACAACUGCAAAGUUUGCCUGGAGAGAAAGCAGAAAAACAGUCAGGACCACGGAUGACGAAGAAAUCCCUAAAAGAAAACUGUAAGCAGAACAAACUUUAUGUCACACCUUACCUGAAUGACACUCUGUACCUGCAUUUCAAAGGCUUCUCCUCCAUUGAGAAUUUAGAGGAUUACACAGGUCUGAAGUGUCUCUGGCUGCAAAGCAACGGGCUUCAGCGGAUUGAGAACCUGCACGCGCAGUCUGAUCUGCGCUGCUUGUUCCUUCAGCAGAACCUCAUCCACAAGCUGGAAAACCUUGAACACAUGAAGAAACUCUGCACCUUGAAUGUCUCCAACAACUACAUCCAGAGAAUAGAGAACAUCUCCAGCCUUCCUGACCUGUCCACUCUGGAGAUUACCCACAACAGGCUGGAGACUGUGGAGGACACAGAGCACUUGAGUGAGUGUUUGACCAUCAGUGUGCUGGACAUGUCCCACAACCUGUUAAAUGACCCCGGGAUCCUCUCUGUCCUUGAGGUCAUGCCAGAGCUGCGAGUCUUAAAGCUCAUGGGAAAUGAUGUGGUGAAAAAAAUCCCAAACUACAGGAGGACUAUGAUUGUUCGUCUCAAGCAGCUCACCUUCCUCGACGAUCGUCCUGUGUUUCCCAAAGAAAGGGCAUGUGCAGAGGCGUGGGCAGUGGGCGGCCUGGAGGGGGAGCGCAAAGAAAGAGAGCAAUGGGAAACACGGGAGAGGAGGAAAAUUCAGGACAGCUUGGAUGCCAUCGCAAUGAUUAAGAAAGAAUCUCAGAAGAGACGAGAACUUGGGGAGCUACAGGAGGAAGGGGAAAAUAAGGAUUUCACCACUCUUUGUGAAGAACACGAGACCCAGAUUUUGACUUCAUCCCAAGAGAAGAUGCAAGCCUUUGAGCAGGACUGCAUGGAUGCCCAUGAAGAGUUUUUGCAGAAUCAAGUGACGCACAAAUGCAGCCUAAGAACUGAACUCACAGAGCAGACACAGGAGCCAAGUGAAGGGCUGCUGAGAGAGCAAAUAGAGAAAGAGGUCCAGGACCAGUACAAACCACAGCAGCUGCUGGUGAGAGAAGAGAAAGGCCGGGUGACUCCAGAGCAGUCGGCACAAGAGCAGGAAAGUUUUACAGAGACGCACAAAGUAGAAGACAACAAACAGCAACAAAACAAGCCAGGUGUUCUCCAGUUCACGAGGAAAGAAGCAGGGAGAAUGCAGAUAAACACGAGUGAGAAGAAACAGCCUCCUCUGCUCAUGGCAGCUCCUCCUGAAGCAGAUACAUCAACAUAUGGUCCAGGACCGUUGGUGACAGAGCUGAAAGAUGUCGAGCAGCUGGAAACCAUUCACCUUCCACUGCACCGCUCACUGCUUAUUGAUGAUCUGCCUGAUCUGGAGGACGUUGACUCAGAAGACUUUGCUGUGCAGCAGGUGAUCAGACCGCUCAUAGAGGUCAUAUCAGGAGGCAGCAGCUGUGAGGAUGAGGAGAUGUAGCUGUAGUGAUUGUGCUUUUCCUCAGGGAGGAUAAAAGAAACAAUAGGAAAGAAGGGAAGGAAACUGUCCUCAGUAUGACCCACGUUUUCAAAAGCAGAGUGAAAGCAAAUAAAAGUCAUUAUGCAACAAGUACA